GGAAACGACGACGUUUUGUCUGAUUUAUAAAAGUUAAAACCCUUUGAUAAGCCCUAAAGAUUGCCAUUUCCGAUCUCAAAUCCUUUUGUCCCACUUGCUAUAAUGGCGUUCGUUUCCAGCUUUCGCCGUCUCGUUGCCGGAUCCAGUAGCCUCUUGUCUUCUCCAUCCUUGUGUGUUCGCCGCUGCUCAACUCUUACGUCUCCCCGGCUCUUCGUUAGCGGUCUCUCCAGACUCACAACAAAUGAAAAGCUUCAGGAUGCAUUUGCUUCUUUUGGACAGCUCGUCGAUGGUAAUGUUACUCUUGGAUUCCUUAAUCCAAUAUAUAUAGAGCAUCAGAUCAAUAGGUUUUGUUUUCAUGUUGCAGCGAGAGUGAUCACAGACAGAGAUUCCGGGAGAUCAAAGGGUUUUGGUUUUGUGACAUAUGCAACAAUUGAAGAUGCAGAGAAAGCCAAGGCAGAGAUGAAUGCAAAGUUCUUGGACGGUUGGGUAAUUUUUGUUGAUCCUGCAAGACCUAGAGAACCAAGACGGCCUCUGCAACAGGAACCGCUUCGGCCUUCCUCCGAAUCUGGUUUCACAACCAACAAAACCAUCGGAUGGUGUAAAUGAACAAAAUCCAACUACUUAUGCUAUGAAAUGAAAAUAAUUUCUUGGAGCCAAAAGACAAAUCCUUUGGACCUUAACUUAUGUUUUCGAGAUAUCUAUCAUAUGAUGCAAUAACAAGUUACCUAACAAACGAAC